AAACAGUGAAAAGUUCGUCAAGUCGCCUGGUGUCAUCGCCGUCCCCAACUGUCAACUCCCUCCACCUCCCAAUCCGCCAUUGUUCGCAACGAAGCCCUGACGCACCAGAAGAAAACGCCUUCAUUUCCCUGAGCUUCUGUAGUUUUGUAGCGAAACUAAAAAAUUCGUAAGAUCGACAAUGGCAGAAAACAAUCUCAACGAAUUGAUUGAGAAGAAGUUUAAAUUCACGAACGAAUUGCAAAGUUUGAGAGAGAAGAUCGAAAAGGAAGGCGUUGAAGCUGCGGUUGAAAAGUUGGUAUCGCUUAAGCAGUCACUGAAGGAGCAGGAAAGGCAAGAGCUUGAAAUCCAGUUUCUGAGCAAUUCCGGAUUGGAAGCUGAAGUUUGUAGAUUGGAGGACCAAAUAGCAAAUGGGGUUGAUGGUGAGGAUGUCCCUGAUGAACUGAAUUGUUUGUUGAGUGAAGCUCUGGUGAAAAUCGAUUUGGCGAAAAUGGAACUUGCAGCUAGAUUAAGGGCACUGUUGGCAGUGCAGCGCCGGAUUGAUGAGGUUCCUUCGCAGUCCGAACUAGUCCAGUAUGAAUGCCGGUUGUCAGAAUUGAAUGCUCAAAUUCAGGGAAAACUUCAACAAACUCGGAAGUACUAUGCCACUUAUAAUGCACUUUUGGAGAUCAAGGAAUUGAUACUAAAGGAAACAUCCUUGUUAAAUUCAAUAAGUUCACAGUUUCAAGAAGCAUCCUCUACCACUGACGGUCGCAUGAAACUUGUCAACUCCAUGGAGGGGAUCAUAAAGGGCAGUCAACAGAAACUUCUAAAGGUACAGCUUGGGCUUCAAGAAGAGCAGAAAGUUUGUGAUUCUCUCAAGGAAAAGUAUGUUGCAGCAAAUGCAAAGCAAAGGCACUGUUAUUCACUCUUAAAAGCUUUUCAGGAAGAAUGUGCAAAGAAUGAGGUACUCCGAAGACAUUCUGUUUCGAACAUCUCCGAAGAAUGAAGUGUUCAACCAUCCUCAUGCCAUUGCCUAUCAGUCAAAUGCUUUACCUGCUGAAUUGAUAUGAGGAACUCGUUCACCGUAUGACUUGUAAAUUAAAAAUCAAUUUUUUUUGUUUGUAAACAUUUUCCCCGUUGACGUACUCGGAAGAGGUUCCUUUUAGAACAUCUCCGCAACAUGUGAAGUUGAGGAGUUCAACCAUCCUCAGUUGAGUCAGUUCCUCAUGCCAUCGACCAUCAGUCGAAUGCUUACUCAAUGAAUUUUGUGUGUAAAAAUUCUCCCCAGUGAGUUUCGUAUAUGUUGUAUAUACUGAUGAAGUUAUCUAUGUUAUUUGUUAUUUUGUUCAA